AUGGCGGCGAUCCACCGCAACUGUCUCUUCUGCAAGACGAAGCCUUGGAACGACGGAGAGCUGGAACUGCUCAACUGGUACAGCGUGCACCUCAACGGCCGCUUGGACACUCGCAUCUGCUUCUUCCACAAUCAGAAACAGAUCCAAUCCCUCCGUAGGGUGCGCGGCCAGGUACAGCAAGAGUCGCGGCGACGGACAGCACCGGUGGAGGAGCUGAAACAGAGGAUCUUCAUGGACCAUUACCGAGAGAUGCAAGGGGAUCAGAAGCGCUCCAAGUCUUGUAUUCUGAUGUGA